UAGCAACCCUUCAAAAUGGGAGGUGUUUUAUCGAUUGGCCGCGACCCCUAAGCUAGGGGUGAAACGCCGGCUUCGCACAAACGUGACUGCCAAAUAUAAACACGAUUCUAUUAUUAUCUAUGAAGUGAUUUAAAGAAAUGGAUCCCAAUGUGAUGACCACGUCGGGACUCCUAGAGUGGGAGUUCUCCUUGCCAUCCGACCAGAUCAUCUCCCACGGCUGGUACCACGGCGCCCUCAGCAGGACUGCUGCCGAGAGCCUACUCCAACAGGACCGCGAGUUCCUCGUCAGGGACUCUUCAUCACAACCAGACAACUACGUCCUCAGCUGUCGCUCAAACGGACAACAUUUGCAUUUCGUUAUACAACGGAUUGUCGUACACCCUGACACUGUGUACGAACGACACCAAUACCAGUUUGAAGAUGAAGCUUAUGAUACGGUCGCUGAUCUCAUCACCUCUUAUGUGGGCUCUGGGAAGCCGAUAUCAGCGGCGUCGGGAGCCAGGAUACAGUAUCCAGCCAAUCGGGUGACCCCACUCACCAAUUACAUUCAGAGUGACGACAUAAGCUCCGUCGUUUCACCCGUAGGAGAUGGGUCGUACUGUAACCCAUACAGUUUGUACAGUCAUUUUGCAGCAAAACCAGGAAUGCAGCUCAGAGUGCCUUUUAAGAAACAAAGAUCUCACUCGCUUACCCCUAUCGAUAUGGGUCAACAUGUCACUCACGGGAAGAGCGCCAGCGCAGACGGCGUCAUCCAGAGUCAAACCAGCAUGCAUGGCAAAAACUUCUGCAGUGACCCUAACUCUGGGUCUAACACCUGGGAUGCCAACCUCCCCACUAGUCCUCCAGCAAAGCCAGCCAGGUACGAUGGGCCCAAAGCUGAUGAAAGGCGACUAGAACUCCAGCGCCUCUACCAAGUUUCAGGGUCAGAUUCGGGCAAUGGGUCCGGAGAUUCUACUCAGAGUUCAGCUCAUAGUGAUCCGAAUAAAUCUAGAAUGGAAUCAGACUACAAUCUGGUGACACCCACCAUAAAGCAGCAAUUUGACUACGAGCAAACUGAAGCAAGGUUACUACAGUCAGAGAAUUUGGAUUACGUGGUGGAUUCCAGAAUAAAUCUAGAGAACUUCCAAUCGCAAAUUAUACCCACUGGUCUAACAAAACCUCUGGAAUCCGAAACAUUGCAUACAAUUAAGCUGUUACUGCGCACAUCGGGGCCCAGGAUUUUAGCGAACCACAUGACGAAAGUUGAAUUGUUUUUCUUCUUUGACGAUGCUAUACAAAUCGAGGGUCUGGACAAGACAGCAUCGGGGUUGGAGCUAUUAUUUCUUCCACAAGGUCGACCACUCCGUUUAGAUGUUAUAGAAAGGAUCGAAACCUUCCGCUUGCUGAUAGCAGUGACGAUAUUGACUUGCCAAACAGACAGGCAGCGAGCUGACACCAUUAACGACUGGAUCCUGCUGGCUGUUGAAACGAAGACCGCUUUGGGGAACCUGUACGGGUUCUCAGCUAUCAUGUUUGGACUUUGUAUGCCUCAGGUGGAAUGCUUAGAGAAUGCGUGGAACAUUUUAAGGCGGGUGUACACAGACAAUGCGUUUAUGUUUGAGGCGAAAUUGAGGCCUUGCUUUAAGAGUAUGAAUGAAGGCACGAACCCACUGCCGCCGAACACCACCACGCCUUACAUCCUCCCGCCAGUCCUGUGCUUCCAUUUAUUUGAUGGCGAGGGUGGAGGAUUAAUGCAACCAGACGACACAUUCCCCGCCAGCCUCAUGAACAGCCUGGAGUUCGACUUCAACGCGACUGCAGCCCACCUCGACGCGGCUAGGCACUUCCCUAACCAACUAGACAUGUUCAAACGCAACGCCAGAACAGUAGUACAAGAGAUGUCUUCCUUAGGUCCAAUGCUUGACCCCACACUCCUCGAGCUGUUCAGAACAGAGUUCCAUAUAAACUUUUUGUGGGGAGAGAGGGGGGCAUUGACAACGCCAAACCAGAGAUUCGCUCGACUUACCGAUAUUUUGACAGCUAUGGCGACUAAAUUAGCCAGUCAGCCGCCCGAUGACGAUGUUUAAGUAAAUAGAAACGUUACCAUAUCACUGAAGUAGGUUAUCUACGAUACCAUUCCCUAUAUUCUAUCUAUCCUUUGUUUCACUUACCGAAGAUAUGAAUUUUAUAUUACAUACUAGCUUGCGCCCGCGUAUAG